AUGAAUAUCGUCAAGCUACAAAGAAAAUUCCCAGUGCUCUCUCAAGAAGAUCUAUUCUCGACAAUUGAAAAGUUUCGUGCAAUUGAUCUCGAGGACAAGGGCUGGGUCGAGAAACAACAGGCCUUGGAAGCUGUAUCACAAUCGGGCGAGACGUCCUACGAUGUGGCAAGAGAAACUUUGAAACAGGUCAAUGUUGAUGCCUCUGGUCGUGUUGAACUGGACGAUUAUGUUGAGUUGAUCGCUAAGCUAAAAGAAUCACAAGCCGGACCUGCGCCUCAGACCAGUUUUGAAACCGGCAGUGCCGCUGUGAUGCAAUCUCCAGGUCGUGGAGGGUUGCAGCAUAAAGGUACUGGGGCUCAAGCGAAGAUUAUUGUUAGCGGUUCCACUACGGGAACUACCCAUACGAUUAACGAGGAAGAGAGGAGAGAAUUCACCAAGCACAUCAACAGUGUUCUCGCCGGGGACAGCGACAUAGGCCAUCUUUUGCCCUUCCCAACGGAUACAUUCCAACUUUUCGACGAGUGUAAGGAUGGUUUGGUGCUCUCCAAGUUGAUCAAUGACUCUGUCCCAGACACGAUUGAUACGAGAGUUUUGAACUGGCCAAAGAAGGGGAAAGACUUGAAUAACUUCCAGGCAAGCGAAAAUGCCAACAUUGUCAUCAACUCAGCCAAGGCAAUUGGUUGCGUCGUUGUCAACGUACAUUCUGAGGAUAUUAUCGAGGGUAAAGAACAUCUUAUCUUGGGGCUAAUCUGGCAAAUCAUCAGAAGAGGGCUGUUGAGCAAAAUUGAUAUCAAGUUACAUCCUGAGCUGUAUCGUCUGCUGGAAGACGACGAAACUUUGGAGCAAUUUUUGAGACUGCCUCCUGAGCAGAUCUUACUCCGUUGGUUCAACUACCAUUUGAAAGCGGCUAACUGGAAUAGAAGGGUUGCCAACUUUUCCGGCGAUGUCUCAGAUGGUGAAAACUACACCAUACUAUUGAACCAACUGGCUCCAAGUUUAUGUUCAACAGCGCCUUUACAAACAAGUGACCUCCUACAAAGAGCUGAACAAGUUUUACAAAACGCAGAGAAAUUGGACUGUAGAAAGUACUUGACGCCAAGUUCCCUUGUUGCAGGUAAUCCAAAGCUGAACUUGGCCUUUGUGGCCCAUCUAUUCAACACUCACCCUGGCCUAGAACCGGUGGAGGAGUCGGAAAAGCCUGAGAUAGAAGAGUUUGAUGCCGAGGGUGAGAGAGAAGCUAGAGUGUUUACCUUAUGGCUAAACUCUCUUGAUGUCGAUCCAUCUGUUGUUUCGUUGUUUGAAGAUUUGAAGGACGGAUUGAUUUUGUUGCAGGCGUACGAAAAGGUCAUGCCUGGAGUGGUUCAAUACAGCCACGUCAACAAAAGGCCUAGCUCUGGCUCUGAGAUGUCAAGAUUCAAAGCUUUGGAGAAUACAAACUACGCCGUUGAACUUGGGAAGGCUAAUGGGUUUUCCCUUGUUGGUAUCGAGGGCUCCGAUAUCGUUGAUGGCAAUAAACUACUAACAUUGGGUCUCGUUUGGCAAUUGAUGCGUAGGAAUAUCAACAAUACUAUCAAGUCUCUAUCCUCAAGUGGUAGGGAUAUGAGCGACUCUCAAAUACUUAAGUGGGCCCAAGAGCAGGUUACAAAAGGAGGCAAAUCGUCCAGGAUACAGUCUUUCAAAGAUCCUUCUUUGUCAAAUGCUCACUUUUUGCUCGAUGUUAUCAAUGGAAUCGCGCCAGGCUAUGUUGAUUAUGAUCUAGUGGCUCAAGGGAACACAGAGGAAGAAAAAUAUGCUAAUGCUAGGUUGGCUAUUUCCAUUGCCAGAAAGCUCGGUGCCCUAAUAUGGUUGGUUCCUGAGGAUAUCAAUGAAGUUCGUUCCAGAUUGAUCAUCACGUUCGUCGCUUCUUUGAUGUCGAUCAAAAAAUGA